AGCCGCGCCCCCCCCCCCCGCGCGCCGCGCGCCCUCUGCGCCGCGGCAUGGCGGAGGCUGCCGCUGCGAAGCCCGACAGCCCUGGCGCUCGCAAGCUGGCCAGGGCCCAGAGGCAGAAGCAGCAGCAGCAGCAGCAGCAGCAGCAAUCGAGGAUGCCGCGCUGGGACGAGCAUCAUCACAUGCCCCGCGGGGGCCAGGACUGCCCAGGCAUGCCGUACUCCAAGCGCAGGUACUUCGACGGCCAGCACGCGGAGUUCUCCAACGAAAGUAAGGAGGAACCCAAGCAGAUUUCGCAGACACCCAUCAGCGAUGACCGACCUGAGUGGGUGGAAAGUUGGAGCGUAACUGCAUCCCUGGACAACAGCGGCAUUCACAAGCACCUCCGUCACUACUUUGAUCGACGGGGGCUGCCGUCGACAUACCGGGCGAAGCCUGCGCUGCUGCCUUUCAUCGACGAUUUGCAGCCCAGGAGAGCCGUCCGAGCACGUCGGAGCGGGCGUGGGCCAUGCGCACCAGCCAGUCGAUGCCCUCCUUCAAGUCCGCCAGCUCGCCGGACGGCACCGCGAGGACCGACGGGGAGCAUGAUGAGCAGCUACUCGAACAAGUCGAGCCGCUGGGGCUUCAGCGGGCCCGAAGAGAUAGCGGCGCGCUCCGAGGGAAGCAUCCAUUGGGAGACCCAGCGUUGCCUGCAGUUCGGGCCCAACAAGAAGAUCGGGGAGGCGCGCUAUCUGGGCGACCCAGUCGGCAAGGCGAGCGGCAAGAAGAUCCCUUGGGUGUGGAACCACCACAUCGGCGACGAUGAGGACAGGGAGUUCAUGAACCCGUCGCCGAGAACGUGGACGGGAGCGGGCAGGAGGCACAUCAUGGCGUGCCACUCCAGGAACGGCAGGGAGGUCCUCGUGGACGAGGCGGGCGCGGGCUGUCGCAGGAGCCCCUCGGGGCACCGCCUGCCCCUGCCGGGGGGCGGCCCCUGGGUGCACCACGCCGCGUGAGGUGCCGCGUCGGGCCCGCGUCGUCAGCUUCAGCUUGCACCGCCCGGUCCGCCACUCGCGGCCCUCGGGGUCGACGCCGGCUCUUCUUGGCGCCCCCGUGCCCUCGGGGGCACGGGCUCCCGGGCGCCCGCGUCUCGGGAGGGUGCCCAUGGGCGAGGCCGUGCCCUGUGAAUGAGAAGAGGGUCCAGCUCUGUGCUGCGGGAGCCCUGCGUACGCCUUUCGGCUGGCGGCGACUGCGCCCCAGGUCUUUGUUGCUAGAGUUUCGCUCUCGCAGCUCUCUGGUAGCGCCAGUCGCAGUUUAGCUGUCUGGUGUUCACCCGCUAUCUCGGCUUGGCUAUCGCUUGUUCGGCUGGCCUCGGCGGGCCCUCGAAGAGGGACCGUUCCGCGAACAGUCACAAGCGAUAGGGAUCUGGAUAUUUUUCGUGCAGAGGCGCAUGAGCCCAGUGGGCCCGGGCGACCUCACGCAGGCACAAGAGUACGAGUUGCCAGUAAGCAUCGCACUUGCCAUAGGUAGCACCAGGACACUGCGUGGUGAGGCGCUGGUCGGCAAGGAAGAUGCCGCAGGUGGGUUGUUGGCGUGCAUGGGCGCAGGAGCCGCGGAGACGUGCGAAGGAGACGGGCCGAG